AUGACGCGGACAUUGUCUUCAAAUUCGAGUGUGUCCACUUUGGGUUUAUCCCCACCUAGUUCUUCCCUUUCUCCCUGUUCCCCUUGUUAUUUCAGUUCCUCUUAUUUUUCUUUUAACGAAACGGACCCAAGAGAUGAAAGUACAGGAGUUAUGAUCUGGACUACAAGGCUAUUUCCGGGGUGGGCAUGGAAUAGCUUUUCUUUUCUAUUUUUUCUCUUUGACAAUCUUCCUGUAUUGCACUCGGAAUGUGUUGAGGUGGAAGAGCAACUCGGUCUCAUCGUGCCAGAACGGCCAUCUUUUGUACCAUAG